AUGGUCGUUUUUAAACCAGGGGUAAAAGAAGUGAGAGAUAUUGAAGAAGACGAGUUCGAAUCGGAUGACGAUUUCGAUCUUACAGAGUUCAUCCCCCAGUUAACCCGAUCCUGGUCGGCUACCGGUCGACUUCCAACCCAAGCAGAUGGAGGAAAACUAGCUCCGAGUCUUGACCGACCUCAAACAGUCAACGAGUUCCGAGAUCGUCCAGUAUCUCGUCGAGAGAGAGCCCAAAAAGCCAAAACAGACCAGAUCGUCAACCAUGUUGUCGGAAAUCCCCUGCACCGCGAUCGCGAGCGUCGACUCUCCGUGACAGAUCCAACAGAUGCCGGAAAAGUGGCGGCGAUUCUUCAGCGCUUGAACAUUCAGACCAAGGAGUCCCGGCUUGGAGGAAAGUUGCCAAGUUCCCAGAAUUCGGAUACAGCUCCGAUAUUCUGGUUGAAAAUGGCGAGAAAAUUUAGAAAACCCGAAAGGGUCAAAGAUAAUGCUCAAGAGGAGAAAAUCGAUUUUCAUAAGAUCGAAGACAGUAUCUCACUGGAUCAACUUCAAGAGAUUCACGAUUCUUUCGAGCAAGGUGGAGAAGAUGGUCUGUCUAUUGACGAGUUCAAACGGAUGUUCGAGAAGAUUUUGGGCAUAAACAACGCUGAAAGCCAAAUCGAGCGCCUUUUCAAGAAAAUCGACACAUCAGCAGAUGGCUUCAUUGACUGGGACGAGUUUUGCAGUUAUAUGCAGCUCGAGUACGCGGAAAAAGAAGCGGUGGGCAAGCGAGGCGCUACGAUAAAAUUCGUCAUUCCAGCGAAGCAAUCCCAUGCUGCGCACAGAGAAGAAAUCAUUCGCCUCAGAGUCAUUGGCGAUGGAAACAUCAUGACGGUCUCCAAAGACGGGCAGAUGUUCUGCUGGAAGGCGAAAGACCUGACGAUAGAUAAAUCGAUUCGCCUGGGUAUCACUGAAGAUCGCUCGAAAUGCUGGGUCACGGAUUGCUCUCUCGUUUCUUCCAUGAACAGAAUUUUUGCUUUCACUGGCGACCGCGAAAUUCUCAUCUACGAUUCUGUUUCGCUCGAACUCUACUGCAGAAUUACCAAUUUCGAAUCUGUCCCUCUCAGAGUGCAUUGCUACGCCGUCGAAGGUCAAAUCAUCAUUAUUCUCUGCGACGGUCUCGGCUGCAUCUCUGUGCUGUCUAUCAAGCGUCUGGCAGACACGAUCCGCGAGUGGAAGAAUAAAACAAACGAUGAGAUCCCGAUCGUCACGCUGAGCGAGGCACUCGGCAGCUCGACGGUUAAAUUCUUUCGAUGGAAGGCGCACGACGACUGGGUCACAGAGGUAAUUUACUCGGAGAACCUCAACGCCAUUAUCUCCGCUUCUAAUGAUCAGUCGACUGCUGUUUGCAUUUCGCCAAUGCCGGACUUUGGCGAUUACUUUACGUUACGAAACUCGCGACCGACCAGCAGCAAAUUUAAACGAGAAGAGAAGCCAGCGCUCAACUUCAUUAAAAUUCUAAAAGGAGUAAAAGCGAUUUCCUUCACUGCUAGGGGCAAUCUGCUAGCAACUGGCGGCAUUGAUCGAGUUAUUCGCCUUUGGUCCGUGCCUUCCAAAUUGGUUUCCACCUCUCAAGAUCGAGUCAUCAUGGUGUGGGACGUAGCAGAACAGACGAGGCUGCUGACGUUGAAUCCUAAAGCGCACGGGGUUAAUGGAGAUUUCACUUCAGUUUGCUUCAGUAAUGUGCUCAAAACACUAGUCGUGGCGACAGAUGUCGUGAAUCUUCUACCCGUAAGACCUACAGUCACUUCAAGAAAUAUCGAUUACUUACAAGGAAAAGUACAACUCAGUCAUCAAGUUCCAGUCACGAGCUGCAUUUACAAUCAAACAUUCGCUCAAGUUGUCACCGCCGAUGAAGCUGGAUUGGUGCGCGUUUGGGACCUAGAAACAGGCAUAAAGACAUUCGAGUUCAAUAUAAAGACGCCGAUAUCUUGUCUCGCAUUUGACGAUACGCACAGACGUCUGAUCAUAGGCUGCCGAGAUGGAACUGCACGGAUUUAUAAUCACAACAACGGCUCACUUCUCAAGAAUCUCAAAGCUCGCAAACAUGGCAAAGAAGUCGCCUCUCUUCACAUGGUCACCAUUGGUCAGUCCGAAUACUUCCUGAGCGUUGGGUGGGACAGGCGGAUCAAUCUGUACCCAGAAAUUGACAAAAAGCACGUGAUCGACGUAAGACCACUUGGACUUUGGGACGACGAUGUCCGAAGAGGGCACAAAGAAGACAUAAUAUCGGCGGCUCUAGUCGGCACCAAUUUACUGGCGACGGCGAGUUUUGACGGUGAAAUUCUCAUUUGGAACAUGGUCUCUGGAAAAGUCUUGAAUCGAAUUCAAAAGGAACAAAUUCGCAUGUCAAUGGAUCCGGAAAUAGAGUCUUCAGACGAAGAGAACGGUCCAUUUUUCACUUGCCUUGCCAGAUACCAAGAAAAGAAAAAGAUACUCGUAGCUGGCCACCAAAACGGUUCAAUUUUAUUCUACAAUCUUCUCGGUCCAGUACCGACGCUGAUCGCUGCAACACAAGUGGCCAAUCAUCCCAUUUCUCAUUUGAGUCUGACAGAAGACGGAGAGCUUUUAUUUUGUGGCGACACUAAUGGAAACAUUUUCAUUCUCGAUCUGUACGACUUUUCCUUCGAGCUUUCGCACACUCAGGUCGCGCCCAUCAGCGCUACUUGGAGAGGACAUGUCGACUGUGUGACUUUAACUGCUCCCGUUGAUCAGCGAGAGAUCAUCUUGACUUCGUCUCUUGAUGCGACUUGCCGAGCGUGGACUUUUGAUGGCGAAUAUGUCGGAACAUUUGGUCAGAAAGAAAAGUGGGACUUGAUGGAGGAGACUUCUUGGGGCCAUCCGUACACGCCUGAUGAUGUUCUUAUGGAAACGACUUUUCCAAGUCUCAAGAAAAUGGAAGGGGGAGAUGCUCCACCAUCAGCAGGCAACGCGAAGCCUUGGCGAAAUCGGGUAAAAUACGAGCUCUCGAAUGAAGAUAUGUUCAAAGAAAUCCGAUCGACGUUGAGCUCUUCCAGCGGGAAAAGAUUGAGUCUGCAACGACAGCUCUCUCAACAACCGGUAGACACGAAGAAGGACCCAGCUUCGAAUGCAUGGCGUUCUCUUAAAAUCCAUGACAUCGGCGAGGAAGACGUCGAAGAGCCAGAGAAGCCCACGAGCAUGACUGAAGAUCCUUAUGCAUUAAAAAAGGAGUCGAACCAUUCUUAUCAUGUUCGAUUCGAAUAA